AAAUACACCGAAGAAUUUCGGUAUAUAAGGGGGAAAUUGGGUAAGUUGGUGUGUCAAACAUUUUCGGGUUGUUUCGUUGGUGCGGUGUCUAAAGAUGAGAACUUUAUUGAUUACAGCUUUGUGCGUGGGCAUAGCUUCAGCUAAGCCCCAGUACAACUAUCCAGCCCCCGUCCCGUCCAUUCCUAGUGGAAGCUAUGGAACUCCAGGUGGAGGUACUGGAUUCGGUUCUGGUGGCGGUGGAGGAUCAGUAAAAUUCUUGUAUAAUCCCUUAGGUUUUGGAGGUGGCUUAGGUGGAGGCGGUUUAGGCGGAGGUGGUUUAGGUGGAGGCUCCGGAGGCGGUGCCGGUUUCGGAGGCGGUUCCUCGGGAGGCAUCGCGAUCGGAGGAGGAGGCGGAGGCACUUUGGUCCAAAAACAUAUCUACGUACACGUGGCACCUCCAGAACCGGAAGAACAAAGACCGCAACGAGUCAUCGGAGGCGGCCAGUCCACCAAACAUUACAAGAUUAUCUUCAUUAAGGCGCCAUCUUAUCAACCUACUCAGCAACAAAUUCUACAAGCUCAAGCCCAAAAUGAGGAAAAGACCCUCGUAUACGUUUUGGUGAAGAAACCGGAUGAUGUGGCCGAUAUCACUCUGCCUACCGCUGCUCCAACUGCUCCCAGUAAACCGGAAGUUUACUUUAUCAGAUAUAAGGCGAAGAGUGAAGCUGUUGGAGGCGGAAGUGGAGCUGGAAUUGGAGGAGGUCUUGGAAUCGGAGGAGGUAGUGGAAGUGGUGUUGGUGUGGGAGGAGGCUUGGGUAGUGGAGGUUCUUUAUCUCUAAGUUCCUCAGGUUCCUCCUCGUCUGUUUCUGGUGGCGGAAGGCCAUCUUCGAACUACGGACCUCCCGGACAGAGUGGGCCGUAUUAAGUAACAAUAUUAAAAUAAAAAUAAAUAAAUCUCGUUAUUCUUUUGUUUUGUUUAAUGAAAAUUUAUCGUUUAAGACAGUCAGUCAGUCAGUCAGUCGUUGAGAUGUUGUGUAAAUAUUUUUGAGACUCGUGUGAUAUAUAUUAUAUGUUAUAAGAAAAUCAUACUGUACAAAUAAUUUUUUUUUUUUAUAUUAUAUAAAUAGGAUUAAGUUUGUAAUCUUAUGUUAACACGUAAUAAUUUGCAAAAAAAGACGGUGACAAAUAAAUUAUUAUAUUUUUUAAUAUAA